AUGGCUGUCAAUCGGUAUCCUCAGCAUUAUAGACUAUCCUGCCAUUUGAGAGCCAUCAUACUUGAAGAUCCUUUCAGCUUGGUUGUGGUUUGCUUUCCGGCAAAUUCGAUAUUCUCUUUGAGAAACGUCUCAAUUUUUGUCAUCAUACUUUGCCCUGUGGCAAUUUUUACAGCAUGGUUUUCUCAACACAUCACGCCUUGUUGCAAAUUCAGCUUCGAUCAAGAGGUCCUCUCUUAUUCAUAUACAGCCAUAGACGGUGUGAUUAACUACUCUAACAGCUAUGUCGAUCUACCGUUGAACAUCUCCUCGUCAUCAAUCUGUGCUGUGUGCUACUCUUAUAUAAUUUUCUAUGUGUACAAGAUGACCCAUCUCUAUGGCAAAGGAGCGGUGGGGAGCAAGAAUCGACUGAAGGAGUACAGAUACGCACUACAAUUCUGUGCAAUCUCCAUCUUCUACCUCUCAGCUUGGGUAACGUUCCGAGUGUUUCCUGUGCUGAUAGGAACCAGAGGAGUCGAGUAUUUCAUUGUCAUUUCAAUGUGUGUGACAGUGAAUUCAUCUGCCAACGCUUUUGUUUACAUUACAUCAAAUCAAGAGGUUUGUUCGCGGACUUCUCUUCGUUUCACAGCAUUUUUCAAUUUUUUAAAAACUGAUCAAGUACCACGAAGCUAA